CUGCGACUGAAAUGCCCGCGCUACUGCGCAUGCACCGCUACGUCUACAAUUUCCUCUUCCCUGGAACUGGUUGUACUAGGGAGCCCUUGUAUUCGUUUUCGUUUUCACGGACUGUUUUUGUUCAGAAAGAGGAUUUCGAGUAUCUUUUAUGAGUAAUCAAAGGCAGCAGAAGCCUACGCUAACAGGCCAGCGUUUUAAAACCCGAAAAAGAGAUGAAAAGGAGAAGUUUGACCCUUCCCAGUUUCAAGAAAGCAUCGUACAAGGUCUGAACCAAACUGGCACUGAUUUGGAAGCUGUUGCGAAGUUUCUUGAUGCCUCUGGUGCCAAGCUUGACUACCGACGCUAUGCCGAGACCCUGUUCGACAUCCUGGUGGCUGGUGGGAUGCUGGCCCCAGGAGGGACUCUCUCAGACGACGUGACCUGCACAGAAUUCUGUCUUUUUAAAGCACAAGAGGACAUGGAGACCAUGCAGGCUUACGCACAGGUCUUUCACAAGCUGAUCAGGCGAUACAAAUAUUUGGAGAAGGGGUUUGAGGAGGAGAUCAAAAAGUUACUGCUGUUUCUCAAGGGCUUCACCGAGUCUGAGCGCAACAAGCUGGCCAUGCUGACGGGGAUCCUGCUGGCCAGUGGCAGUCUCUCUGCCUCCAUUCUCAACAGCCUCUUCAAUGAGAACCUGGUCAAAGAAGGUGUCUCAGCGUGCUUUGCCGUAAAACUCUUCAAAUCCUGGCUUUCGGAAAAGGACAUCAACUCGGUGGCUGCCAGUCUUCGGAAAGUUGGCAUGGACAACAGGCUUAUGGAACUUUUUCCUGCCAACAAGCGCAGUUGUGAGCACUUCUCCAAGUACUUCACAGACGCUGGCCUCAAGGAGCUUUCGGACUUUGCCAGAAAUCAGCAGUCUUUAGGUGCUCGCAAAGAGCUGCAGAAGGAGCUUCAGGAUCAGAUGUCACGUGGAGACUCCAUCAAAGACAUCAUUGCUUACCUCCGAGAGGAAAUCAGCAGGAACAACAUCUCAGAGCAGGCGAUGAUUGGACUAAUUUGGUCCAGUGUAAUGAGCUCGGUGGAGUGGAACAAGAAGGAGGAGCUCGUCACGGAACAAGCCAUCAAACACCUAAAGCAAUACAGCCCACUGUUGAAUGCGUUUACCUCCCGGGGCCUCUCCGAGCUCACCCUUCUGCUGAAGAUCCAGGAAUACUGUUAUGACAACAUCCACUUCAUGAAGGCCUUCCAGAAAAUUGUCGUUCUGCUUUACAGAGCUGAUGUUUUGAGCGAGGAGGCAAUUCUGAAGUGGUACAACGAAGCCCACCUGGCCAAAGGAAAGAGCGUUUUCCUCGAGCAGAUGAAAAAGUUUGUCGAAUGGCUCAAGAACGCAGAGGAAGAGUCCGAGUCUGAGGAGGAGGAGGCAGACUGAGCACCUCUUUCUGUACCAGCCAUCCUAAUUUGUAUCUUCAAAGUAACAUAAUGUCAAAUGCAGUACAAAAAUUUGUUACCGAAGUCUGUCUAUAGUCCUCAUUUUUUCUCUUCUCUACCUCCUCAUAUCUAGAUCAACUUUAAUGUAAGGGCUUUAAUAUUUCUUUCCCCCGAAACGCUUUUUGUCUAAAUCAAUAUUUCUCUUUGUACUCCUUAAGGAGUCGGUCACAGUGCCACAUUUGGCUAAAUCGCAUCAAACCUCUUUCAAGUAA